AUGGAUCCAAGAUCACGAAAUGUAUGAUCCCAACAUGUCACCCAGCAGACUCCAGGCUUACUCACGACAGCCUCUGGCAUAGUUAUCAGAGUGGCUAUCCUUAUUCAUACACACAUAGUUGGGAAGGAGUGGACUCGACAAUGCCCACUGAUGAGUGCCAGUCAGCUCAUCCAGUUCCUCCUGUAGGUACAAGGGAUCACAGAAUUGUGGACUAUGAAUCAAGUAGUGAGGAUGAGGUCAUGGCCAGACUUGCAAGCAAGCAUAUGGUUGAUCCGAAUUAUAACAGUACUGGCCAUCAGAACUAUGUUGGUGCAGAACCUGGACGAAUGUUGUAUGCGUCAUGUGUUACUGGGAACAAGAGAUCCUUACCAGAAACUCUGAGGGUGUCUGGAAAGAAGCUUCACAAUCUUAGUGCUCCCAAACCUGCCAAUGCCAUGCCUGGUGUUUGUGUGGACUGGAACAAGGGAAGGUCGUAUGAUGAACAAGAACUUGAGAUCUUGAACAGAGAAAAGGUUUGGGAGAAGACACGGAGACAGAUGAUAGAACAGUGUAAGAUGUCCUCUUUCGAUGAUGCAAAGAGAAACCUUACUCAAGGUUUGAUAAAUGAUGAAAGCCGAAACGCUAAAGGAAGAAAGCCUGAGCUGUGGAGUCAGAUGAGGAGGAAUCGGUAUAUUACUGACAAUCCAGACUUUGAAGAAACUCAUGAGUUGGAAACACGUGACAGGAAAGAAAAUAUUCCAGCAGUUAUCAGAGAGGAGAUGAAACCAGCUGGACACUAUCCUUAUGAGAACUUUCAAAAAGUCAUUCCUAAGUAUGAUGAAACAGGAAACUGUUGUAAGAAGACACAUAUUCCUCAGUUAAUCCCUCCAGGUCACUGGUCUAGAUGGGCCAUUGGGAAGAGUCCCGAGUCAUUGAAGAGGGAUGCCCAUACCUCUGUUCACGAAUGUAGUCAUGAACCGCUUGAGUCAAGAAAUGAGACGGAAACCAACCCACUACUAUCCACUCCAUCUCCACCACCUCCAAUGCCAGUGUGUCCGCCAUACUGGGGAGAUCCCAGGAUGAGCUUCCCUGUGCCUGCAUUUUAUCCCCCUCAGUGGCUUCCAUCAUACCCAAGCAACUACUCCCCAGGAUUCAUGUCCUAUCCCCCUCCAUCAAGUACCACUAGUCCAACAAACGUGAGCCCAUCUAUGAAUACAGGCUCCACAACCAUGACUAGUCCUACGUCUACUUCUACUCGCUUCCCAUACAGAAGCCAGCAGACUACAUCGUUCAGAAGCAGGACAACAUCAGCACCAGCACCAGUUCUUGAUCAAAUUACAGAAAGGGUUGAGGAGCAAAGUGGGGACAAGUCAUGUACAAGUUAUUUCCUUGCUGCCAAGAACAGACGUGUCUCUGAUUCUGUUUUGAGGACUGACACGGAGGUAUUUGUUCCAAGAAGAAGUUCUUAUGCAUCACGCCUACACAAUGAUGCCCGACUGAAUGCAAACUUUCCUCAACUUGAUUGGAAGAUCCGUCUGAAAAGUCGGUGUAAAGGCUAUGGAGUAGGGUUCAUUGACACUCACUGCCAUUUAGACUUCCUGUUCAGUAGGGAGGGCUUCAAAGGAACCUUUGCCAAGUACAUGUUGAAACACGAAGAAACAUUCCCAGACACCUUUGAGGGUUGCGUGGCAGUGUUUUGUAAUCCAGCAUCAUUUCUCCCAAAAGGUGGGAUGUGGCGGGAUGUGGUGAUGGAAAGUAAGGUGUGGCUAGCCAUGGGCUGCCAUCCGAAGAAUGUCACCAGUUUUGACACAGUGGCUGUGGAUGGUCUCAAGCAGUGCAUUCUUCAUCCAAGAGUCAUUGCAGUUGGAGAGAUAGGGCUGGACUACUCUGGAACAUUUCGCCAACAUGAAGUGCUACAGAAGAAGAUGUUUGCUUACCAGCUACAGCUGGCCCUUGACGUGAAGAAGCCACUGGUCAUUCACUGUCGGCAGGCAGAGGAGGACUGUCUAGCUAUCAUGGAGGAGAUUGUUCCCAAAAACUACAAGAUCCAUUGUCACUGCUUCACUGGCACAUAUGAACAGUGCAAGAAGUGGCUCACCAAGUUUCCUAAGCUGUACAUCGGCCUCACCAACCUGGUGUCAUUCCGUUCUGCCACACCAACUCAUGAAGUAGCCAAGCACAUCCCUCUAGGAAGACUGCUGUUAGAAACCGAUGCCCCCUACUUUGUCCCUAGACAGAUACCAAAAGGAUCAUUUGAGUUAUCACAUCCAGGGAUGGCAGUCCUGGUUGCAGAAGAAGUGGCGAGAAUCAAGGAGAUAUCUGUGGGACAGGUCCUCAAAGCCUGUCGCAGCAACACUUGUGCCAUGUAUGGUAUAUGAAGGAGUUACUUGAUGUGGCAUGUGACAAUUCUCAGUAUGAAGGACUCGAAGACUUUAUCAAAAGAGGAAUCACUGAAGAUCGAGUGUUCUGGUUGUGAAAGUUUUCACAUGACUGUUUCGUUAUUAUUUCAUGUAUGCUUAAAUUGAAGAAUUGUUUCCAAAAUUGCAUGUCAGUACUGUUCACUUAGUCUCUACAUGAUUGCAAGUGCAGAUAAUAAUCAGGGUAUCUAUGAAAUAUGGUAUUGUUACUUUAUGGGAAUCCCAUUGGCUUUACAGCCUACUUCUUUUAUAGAUAGGGAAUAAAUCUGCAAAAAUAUUAUGUACAGUUGAAGUAUAGAUAAUCAGAAAAUGAAAAAGAGAAAACUGAAAGAAAAGGUGGUGUUAAUGCUUAAUCACAACAAAACAAAAUAGCCCUGAGAAAACCACCUUGUCUGAGCCACUGCAGCAUGCCAAGAUCAUGCAUGGCCCCAAGUUAUACAGAAAAGCCCCCUUCUUUGGAAAAAGAUUGGAGAUGGAGUAGCCAAGUGACGUCUUUGCACCCAGAACUGAAGUUAGAAAUGGCUACCUUUAUAUGUUGUGUAGAGCUUGAAUGUUGGGGAAAACUAUAACCCAAUUGUGUUCUCAGCAGAGGUAGUAUAUCCUUCAGCUUUUGAUAUUUGUCAGCGACAUUUAUGUCGGUAUAUUCUUGGCCUAGUCUCCAAAAGUUGGUCUUUUCUAAUGAUCUUUACACUAUGCAAUACAGUGAAAGUAAAAUUUCCCUUUUGAAUUUGCUGUAAGUUUUGUUUAGAAUUCCAUUUGAUUCUUGAGCUUAAGUCAUAUUGUGUAAUAUUUUUAUUACACUUAGUUACCAAGAGAAAACCUUCAAUAUUUUUUUGUUAAUUUUUUUUUUUUAGUUUAGAACUUCAUAUCCUAUAUGUAUUAAAGGUACCAGUUGAGUUCAAUGAGGCUGGCAAUAAAGAAAUGCCUUUCUCGAAACUUGGACUUUUUAUGGAGAUAUGCAAGAACAAUGAUCUUUCUUUUCUGUUGGAAUUGUCAGCUCUGGUGAUACAUAAACAUGUAUAGCAGUAUAUUUUCUGAAUGCAAGGUAAUAUCAUCACAUUGGACAUGUUCUGGAACAAGUUUCUUUCACCUUAAAACAGUGAGUUUGAUGCUCAGCUGGUUCAAAUUUGCACUGAACAUAUUAAGUGAUUUUACUGUUUUAAGGUGAGUCAUAAUACAUCACUACUCCAAUUCUCACUGUUAUUUCUAAAAUAUGAAACUGAUGUGGAUGAAUAAGGUACAAAUCAGUGCUUUUGUUUCCUCAUCUUUCACAUGGUGUUUCCAACCAAAGUUGUUUUAGAUUUGCACACUUCUGAAAAGUUUGAAUGCUAUUGAAUUUUACCAUUAAAUUUGUUUUAAGGUAUUGUCAUAGGAACCUGAUCCCUGCUCCUUUCACCAUGUUAAUUGAAGGCUAAAUCAGGUCUGUUUUCAAAAUGUGACUUUAGCCACUAGCCCAAAGCCCUUGUCCAGUAAAGGUUCAGUCAAGUAAUCCCAGCUAAUCAUAGUUCAUGUAACAACACUAAAAUCUACUGAAAAUAAUACUAAGAAUUUGUUUAAGCUAGUUGACUCUCUUUAGUAUGUUUUUAAUAUCAGUGCUACUGUGUCUAUUGUAGGCUGCUUUCAUUACAAAGUGGGAUUUCCUGUCAAUGCUGCAUUGAUGCAAUUUGAUGCAUGAGAUCCAAGUUUGUCUGUUCCAGACCAGAACCUGAGAUCUCAAACAUGGGCAGAUACACUCUGUAAAUAUUUUUCGAGGCAUUUUUUCAGAAAGACAAUGUAUACCAGUUUUGUUGAACAACGUACAUUGUCAGCCUUGCUGACAGCCCUCCAGUAUAAUGCGGUGAUAUUAAAUUUGACAGUGAUUUGCCACAAACAGAUCUGUCAUUUUGGUUGUGUAAGGUUAUGAAAUAUGGUGCUAAUUUGAGGUUUUGUGGUUCAGAUUAUUGAUAUGUGCUAAACAUCUGUUCAGUUGGUUGAAACCUUCUUUUGAAUCAUUAAAAUAGUUACUGUGGUUC